CGGAGAACACUUUAAAAAAUGGUUGACUUGAAACGUUUUACACCGCGCAAGUGAUAACCCUUCCAGAAUUAUUGGAUUUUUUGUAAAAUAUACUCGAUUUACGCUAGUGAAAAUAUAACCGAAAGACGCGCAUUGAAUCCGUGUACAAGACAGCCGUAAACGUACACGAUGGCGAUUCCGCCAUACAUGAUACCGCCGAAUCCCUGGCUGCCACAGAUGAUGGCCCAGGCUCAGGCACAACAAGCACAGGCAUUUGCUGCAGCCCAUGCUCAACAGAUGCAUGCCCAGCAGAUCGCUCAAAUGCAAAUGCCACAAGGUGUACCACCUGCACAGUUGAGUAGUAUACCGACGCCGAAUCCGAAGCCUGACAUAAUUACCGAGGAGAAAUUGCAAGAGAAGGCGCAGAAAUGGCAUCAAUUGCAGUCGAAACGGUAUGCGGACAAACGAAAAUUUGGUUUUGUCGAUGCACAGAAGGAGGAUAUGCCACCGGAACAUAUUCGGAAAAUUAUACGCGAUCAUGGUGAUAUGACCAGUCGGAAAUAUCGACAUGAUAAGAGAGUAUAUUUGGGCGCAUUAAAGUAUAUGCCGCAUGCGGUACUUAAAUUACUGGAAAAUAUGCCGAUGCCGUGGGAGCAAAUUCGUGAUGUGCAAGUGUUGUAUCACAUCACUGGAGCUAUAACAUUUGUCAACGAAAUUCCGUGGGUAAUUGAACCGGUCUACAUAGCUCAAUGGGGCACUAUGUGGAUUAUGAUGCGACGAGAGAAACGUGAUCGAAGGCAUUUCAAACGAAUGAGGUUUCCACCAUUCGACGACGAAGAACCCCCACUUGAUUAUGCCGACAAUGUGUUGGAUGUGGAACCAUUGGAGGCGAUUCAAAUUGAUUUGGAUAGCGAAGAAGACGGCAGUGUCUUCAAAUGGUUUUACGAGCACAAACCACUCGUUGGGUCCAAAUUCGUGAAUGGUUCGACAUACCGUAAAUGGAAUUUGUCAUUGCCGCAAAUGGCCACAUUGUAUCGCUUAGCCAAUCAAUUGUUGACCGAUCUUGUGGAUGAAAAUUUCUUCUAUUUAUUCGAUCCGAAGAGCUUCUUCACCGCUAAAGCACUGAAUAUGGCAAUUCCUGGUGGACCGAAAUUCGAACCGUUGAUCAAAGAUCACAACAUCGGCGAUGACGACUGGAACGAAUUCAAUGACAUCAACAAAGUAAUCAUCAGACAACCGGUACGUACGGAAUAUCGCAUUGCGUUUCCCUAUUUGUACAACAACAUGCCGCAUUUCGUUCAUCUGUCCUGGUAUCACGCACCGAAUGUGGUCUACAUCAAAACCGAAGAUCCAGAUUUACCUGCCUUCUAUUUCGAUCCGCUCAUCAAUCCAAUAUCGCACCGGCAUAGCAUCAAAGUGGUGGAAACGCCUACGUUCGACGAGGAUGAAGAAUUCACAUUGGAUGAAUACGUACAGCCAUUUUUACAGGACAAACCGUUGUACACGGACAACACGGCUAAUGGUAUUGCUCUACUAUGGGCACCUAGACCGUUUAACAUGAGAUCAGGACGAAUGAGGCGUGCUAUCGACAUUCCAUUGGUCAAAUGUUGGUACAAGGAACACUGUCCACCAGGUCAUCCCGUUAAAGUACGUGUCAGCUACCAGAAACUACUUAAGUACUACGUGCUGAAUGCACUGAAACACCGACGCCCGAAGCCUCAAAAGAAACGGUACCUGUUCCGCUCAUUCAAAGCGACCAAAUUCUUCCAAACAACAACGUUGGAUUGGGUCGAAGCUGGCUUGCAGGUGUGUCGGCAGGGAUACAACAUGUUAAAUCUUCUCAUUCAUCGAAAGAAUUUGAAUUACCUUCAUCUGGAUUACAACUUCAAUUUGAAACCCGUUAAGACAUUGACCACAAAAGAGCGAAAGAAGUCUCGGUUCGGAAAUGCGUUCCAUUUGUGCAGAGAAAUUCUGCGUCUCACGAAGCUCAUCAUCGAUUCGCAUGUUCAAUAUCGCCUGAACAAUGUGGACGCCUUCCAGCUGUCAGAUGGUUUGCAGUACAUCUUCGCUCAUGUCGGUCAAUUAACGGGAAUGUACCGUUACAAGUACAAAUUGAUGAGACAAAUUCGAAUGUGCAAAGAUUUGAAGCAUUUGGUCUACUAUCGAUUCAACACGGGUCCAGUUGGAAAAGGUCCUGGUUGCGGUUUCUGGGCUCCUGGUUGGCGUGUAUGGUUGUUCUUCAUGCGUGGCAUCACACCACUAUUGGAACGCUGGUUGGGCAAUCUAUUAUCACGUCAGUUCGAGGGUCGUCAUUCGAAAGGUGUUGCCAAAACAGUGACAAAGCAACGUGUCGAAUCUCACUUCGAUUUGGAGUUGAGAGCAUCUGUAAUGCACGACAUUGUCGACAUGAUGCCAGAAGGAAUCAAACAGAACAAGGCCCGUACCAUCCUGCAGCACUUAUCGGAAGCAUGGCGUUGCUGGAAGGCUAACAUUCCGUGGAAAGUUCCCGGACUGCCGAUUCCGAUCGAAAACAUGAUUCUUCGAUAUGUGAAAAUGAAGGCUGACUGGUGGACGAACACAGCCCAUUACAAUCGUGAACGUAUUCGACGUGGUGCAACGGUUGAUAAAACCGUUUGCAAGAAAAAUCUCGGUCGCUUAACGCGUUUGUACUUGAAAGCCGAACAAGAACGACAACACAACUACCUGAAAGACGGUCCAUACAUUUCACCGGAAGAAGCUGUAGCUAUUUACACAACCACCGUACAUUGGUUGGAAUCGCGUCGAUUUGCGCCGAUUCCAUUCCCUCCGUUGUCGUACAAACACGACACGAAAUUGUUGAUAUUGGCGUUGGAACGAUUGAAGGAAGCGUACAGUGUCAAAUCGCGUCUGAACCAAAGUCAACGUGAAGAACUCGGUUUGAUCGAACAGGCGUACGAUAAUCCGCACGAGGCAUUGUCAAGAAUCAAACGUCAUUUGCUGACGCAGCGAGCCUUCAAAGAGGUCGGAAUCGAGUUUAUGGAUCUAUACAGUCAUCUGAUACCCGUUUACGACGUGGAACCACUGGAAAAGAUCACUGACGCUUACCUCGAUCAGUAUCUGUGGUAUGAAGCGGACAAAAGACGUUUGUUCCCGCCAUGGGUGAAACCAAGCGAUACAGAACCGCCACCGUUGUUAGUCUAUAAGUGGUGUCAAGGUAUCAACAACUUGCAGGACGCAUGGGACGUGUCGGAAGGUGAAUGUAAUGUAUUGCUAGAGUCCCGUUUCGAGAAAUUGUACGAGAAAAUUGAUUUAACGCUGCUCAAUCGUCUGUUGCGUUUGAUUGUCGAUCACAACAUUGCCGAUUACAUGACGUCCAAAAAUAACGUUGUCAUCAACUACAAAGACAUGAACCACACUAACAGUUAUGGCAUCAUUCGUGGUCUGCAAUUUGCAUCGUUCGUUGCUCAGUACUACGGUCUUGUACUCGAUCUGCUGGUCCUUGGGUUGCAACGGGCGAGUGAAAUGGCAGGUCCUCCACAAAUGCCGAACGAUUUUCUGACCUUCCAAGAUACAGCGACCGAAACAAAUCAUCCGAUACGUUUGUUCUGUCGCUAUGUAGAUCGAAUUCACAUUUUCUUCCGGUUUACCGCCGAGGAAGCGCGUGAUUUGAUUCAACGUUACCUGACUGAACAUCCAGAUCCGAAUAACGAAAAUAUCGUCGGCUACAAUAACAAAAAGUGUUGGCCCCGUGAUGCCCGAAUGAGAUUGAUGAAGCAUGAUGUCAACCUGGGACGUGCCGUUUUCUGGGACAUAAAGAACAGACUUCCUCGAUCGGUGACCACAAUACAAUGGGAAAAUACGUUUGUGUCUGUUUACUCGAAGGACAAUCCGAAUUUGCUGUUCAACAUGUCAGGUUUCGAGUGUCGAAUCUUACCAAAAUGUCGAACUCAGCACGAAGAAUUCACGCAUCGCGAUGGCGUAUGGAAUUUACAAAAUGAAGUGACCAAAGAACGAACAGCGCAGUGUUUCCUUCGGGUCGACGACGAAUCGCUGGGUCGUUUCCACAAUCGUGUCCGUCAAAUUCUGAUGGCAUCCGGAUCGACAACAUUCACGAAAAUUGUGAACAAAUGGAACACCGCCCUGAUCGGUUUGAUGACCUACUUCCGAGAGGCUGUGGUCAACACCCAAGAACUGCUCGAUCUGCUGGUGAAAUGUGAAAACAAAAUCCAAACUCGAAUCAAGAUUGGAUUGAAUUCCAAAAUGCCGUCCAGAUUUCCGCCGGUUGUGUUUUACACGCCAAAGGAAUUGGGCGGACUUGGUAUGCUUAGUAUGGGUCAUGUGUUGAUUCCACAAUCCGAUUUACGAUGGUCCAAGCAAACCGACGUAGGCAUUACGCAUUUCCGUUCGGGUAUGUCGCAUGAUGACGAUCAAUUGAUUCCGAAUUUAUAUCGGUACAUUCAACCGUGGGAAUCCGAAUUCAUUGACUCGCAGCGUGUAUGGGCUGAGUAUGCACUGAAAAGACAAGAAGCUAAUGCACAAAAUCGACGCUUGACAUUGGAAGAUUUGGAAGACAGUUGGGACAGAGGAAUACCGAGAAUCAACACCCUGUUCCAAAAGGAUCGUCACACAUUAGCCUAUGACAAGGGCUGGCGUAUUCGAACAGAAUUCAAACAGUAUCAAGUCUUGAAGCAGAAUCCAUUCUGGUGGACGCAUCAACGCCACGACGGCAAGCUGUGGAAUUUGAACAAUUAUCGAACCGAUAUGAUUCAAGCAUUGGGCGGAGUUGAAGGAAUCUUGGAGCAUACACUGUUCAAGGGCACAUACUUCCCAACAUGGGAAGGUUUGUUCUGGGAAAAAGCGUCCGGCUUCGAAGAGUCAAUGAAAUACAAGAAACUUACCAAUGCACAACGUUCCGGUUUGAAUCAAAUCCCGAAUCGUCGGUUUACCUUGUGGUGGUCGCCGACAAUUAACCGAGCCAAUGUCUACGUAGGCUUCCAGGUCCAAUUGGAUUUGACUGGUAUAUUCAUGCACGGCAAAAUUCCGACGUUGAAAAUUUCGCUGAUUCAAAUAUUCCGUGCGCAUUUGUGGCAAAAGAUCCACGAAUCCAUCGUCAUGGAUUUGUGUCAGGUGUUCGAUCAAGAACUGGAUGCACUGGAAAUCGAAACUGUUCAAAAGGAGACCAUCCAUCCACGUAAAUCAUACAAAAUGAAUUCGUCGUGUGCUGACAUCUUACUGUUUCCGGCUUACAAAUGGAAUGUAUCGCGACCAUCAUUGUUGGCUGACACAAAAGAUACGAUGGACAAUACGACUACUCAAAAAUAUUGGCUUGACGUUCAGUUGCGUUGGGGUGAUUACGAUUCGCACGAUGUUGAACGUUACGCUCGUGCUAAAUUCUUGGAUUACACAACCGAUAACAUGUCAAUUUAUCCGUCGCCCACUGGUGUUUUGAUCGCUAUCGAUUUGGCCUACAAUUUGCACAGUGCAUAUGGCAAUUGGUUCCCUGGAUGUAAGCCGUUGAUUCAACAAGCCAUGGCCAAAAUAAUGAAAGCAAAUCCUGCACUGUAUGUCCUACGAGAACGUAUCCGAAAGGCACUUCAACUGUACAGUUCGGAACCUACUGAACCGUAUCUGUCCUCGCAGAAUUAUGGUGAAUUGUUCUCCAAUCAAAUCAUUUGGUUCGUCGACGACACAAACGUAUAUCGAGUGACCAUCCACAAAACAUUCGAAGGAAAUUUAACGACGAAGCCGAUCAACGGAGCUAUUUUCAUUUUCAAUCCGCGUACAGGACAGUUGUUCUUGAAGAUUAUCCACACUUCAGUAUGGGCGGGUCAGAAACGUUUGGGCCAGUUGGCCAAAUGGAAAACAGCCGAAGAAGUUGCGGCCUUGAUUCGUUCAUUACCUGUUGAAGAACAACCGAAACAGAUUAUUGUCACGCGAAAGGGUAUGUUGGAUCCGCUGGAAGUGCAUCUGUUGGAUUUCCCGAACAUCGUGAUCAAAGGAUCUGAAUUGCAGCUACCGUUCCAAGCCUGUCUGAAGGUUGAGAAGUUCGGAGAUUUAAUUCUAAAAGCAACCGAACCGCAGAUGGUCCUGUUCAAUUUGUACGACGAUUGGUUGAAGACCAUUUCUUCAUACACGGCAUUCUCACGUUUGAUUCUAAUUUUACGUGCACUUCAUGUGAAUACGGAACGGACGAAAGUCAUUUUGAAACCCGACAAGACAACCAUCACCGAAGCACAUCAUAUCUGGCCAACACUGACUGAUGAGGAAUGGAUUAAAGUAGAAGUUCAACUCAAAGAUCUCAUCCUGGCCGAUUACGGUAAAAAGAACAACGUGAAUGUUGCGUCGUUAACACAAUCCGAAAUUCGUGACAUCAUUUUGGGUAUGGAAAUAUCGGCACCAUCAGCUCAGCGUCAACAAAUUGCUGAAAUUGAGAAACAAACCAAGGAACAGUCACAGCUCACAGCAACAACAACUCGAACUACCAAUAAACAUGGCGAUGAAAUCAUCACAUCGACCACUUCGAAUUACGAGACUCAAACUUUCAGUUCGAAAACAGAAUGGAGGGUCCGGGCUAUUUCAGCGACGAAUCUUCACCUCCGCACGAAUCACAUUUACGUCAGUUCGGACGAUAUCAAGGAGACGGGCUACACAUACAUUUUGCCGAAGAAUGUGCUCAAGAAAUUCGUUACAAUUUCCGAUUUGCGAGCACAGAUUGCUGGUUACCUGUACGGGGUUAGUCCACCAGACAAUCCACAAGUAAAAGAAAUCCGAUGCAUUGUCAUGCCACCGCAAUGGGGUACACAUCAGACCAUUAAUUUACCAAAUCAGUUGCCGUCACACCAGUAUUUGAAAGACAUGGAACCACUUGGCUGGAUUCACACACAGCCCAAUGAAUUGCCUCAACUUUCCCCACAAGAUAUUACAACACACGCCAAAGUGAUGUCAGAGAAUCCGAAUUGGGAUGGCGAAAAAACCAUCAUCAUAACGUGCUCGUUCACACCCGGUUCCUGUUCAUUGACAGCAUACAAACUGACGCCAUCCGGCUUCGAAUGGGGAUCGAAGAACACCGAUAAAGGAAACAACCCCAAAGGGUACUUACCCAGUCACUACGAACGGGUGCAAAUGUUGUUGUCCAAUAAAUUCCUCGGUUUCUUCAUGAUACCGGCGCAGGGCAGUUGGAAUUACAAUUUCAUGGGCGUACGACACGAUCCGAACAUGAAGUACGAAUUGCAGUUAUCCAAUCCGAAGGAAUUUUAUCACGAAAUACAUCGACCAUCGCAUUUCUUAUUGUUUUCGAAUUUGGAAGAUGGUGGCGAUGGAAGUGGCGGUGCUGAUCGAGAGGAUUCGUAUGCGUAAAAUGAGUAAAAAGUUUCGAUUUCCGCGUGUAACCGCCAGUAUAAUUGUAAUGAAAAGGACAUUCUUUUAGAAUAAAUGGAAUUUUUAUGGAAAUGA